AUGGACAUGGCGCGACAACUCGCAGACGGCAAACCUGUGAAGAAAGUUCGCCCACGGAGAACAGUCGACUACGGAGGCGGACUCGGGAGAUGGGCAUUACUCCGGAAGAUGCGGCCAAACGCGACAUACGUGCCCUACCUAAGGCCCGCGCCGCCGUACAUCAUUGACCUCCUGCCGCCAAAGGCGUACCCAGACAACCCCUCGACCUCGUUGUGCACCAAGUUCGUGCACACAUCCACCAACAAGAUUCGGUGUCCCGUCAAUUGCGUCGUGUGGACGCCAGAAGCGCGUCGGAUACUGACGGGUUCAACGAGUGGCGAGUUCACGCUAUGGAACGGCCUGACCUUCAACUUCGAAACGAUUUUGCAGGCGCAUGACUCGGCAGUGCGCACAAUGAAGUUCACGCAUUCCGGCGCGUUCCUCGCGUCCGCGGACCAGAACGGUGUCAUCAAGUACUUCCAGCCGAAUAUGAACAACUUGACGGCGUGGACGGGCCACCGCGAGGCUAUCCGUGGUCUCAGUUUUAGUCCUGACGACACUAGGUUUGCUACCGCAAGUGAUGACUCUACCAUCCGGCUGUGGUCGUUCGAAGAGCAGCGCGCAGAACGAACAUUGACAGGUCACGGUUGGGACGUGAAAUGUGUUGAAUGGCAUCCUUCAAAGGGGCUCCUAGUCUCUGGUAGCAAGGACAACAUGAUCAAAUUCUGGGACCCUCGUACAGGAACCGUGCUCUCCACAUUGCAUUACCACAAGAACACAGUCCAAGCUCUCGCGUGGUCGCCGAAUGGCAAUCUCGUCGCCAGCGCAUCGCGAGACCAAACGGUCCGGGUCUUCGACAUCCGCGCAAUGAAGGAGCUCCGGCUCCUCAAAGGCCACAAGAAAGAAGUAUGCUCCGUGACCUGGCACCCCUUCCACCCGCUCCUUGUCUCCGGCGGCUCCGAGGGCGCGAUCAUGCACUGGGACCUCUCCUCUUCCUCCGAACCGCCCGUCACACAGUCCGCAUCGCACCAGCCCGGGCCGCGCGCAACGCUCUCGCAGGCACACGACUCGAACGUUUGGUCGCUUGCCUACCACCCGCUGGGGCACAUCCUCGUCAGCGCGUCCAACGACCACACCACGCGCUUCUGGUGCCGCGAGCGCCCCGGAGACGCCUCUUCCGUCUUCAGUGGCGGCGGCGAGAAGCCGCCCGAGAUCACCGACACGUCCGGCCAGGACGAGGACGAGGAGGCGAUGGUCCCCGGUUUCGGUUUUGGGGCGGCGGGGGGCGCAGCUGGCGGCGGCGGCUGGUGGGGCGGCAAGGAGGAAGACGGACGGGACGGCGGUAUGCCGCAGUCGGCGUCGACCGGCGGUGGCGGGGGCCCCGGUGGGUUCCCGUCGUUCGGGCAGUCGAGCGCGAUGGACACGAGCGAGGAUAUGAUCCCCGGGAUUGGCGGGUUCGAGAGCGCGAGCUCGGGCCCGGUGUCGGGCAGGCAGAGCGGGCCGCUGCCGUCGCAGGAGGAGAUCUUUGGGUCUGGAGGCCCGCCCGAAGGCGGGGACGACUGGAACAGGGGAGGUGGGGAUGGUGAUGGUGGUGGGCGCGGACGGGGUAGGUGGGGCAGAGGUGGUGGACAUCGUGACCGCGGCGGGUACAGAGGCGGCGGAGGCGGUAGAGGAGAUGGCGGUGGUGGCGGGUAUGGCGGCGGUGGACGUCGUAACCGGUAUUGA